AUGUUCGCCAAACCCCGACCAAAGAAGACAGUCCUGCCGACGGUCUCGAAAAAGAGAAAAGCGGUCUCGGCGGUGGAGGAGGUCAACUUCGACUUCGAUGCGCGCGAGGACUACCUGACAGGGUUUCACAAGCGCAAGCUGCAGCGUGUGAAAUGGGCGCAGGAACAGGCAGCCAAGAAGGCGCGGGAAGAGAAAAUUGAGAUGCGGAAGCAGCUCAAAGACGAGCGGCAACGAGAGGUCGAAGACCACGUCAAGGCCGUGAGCGCCAUUCUCGAAGAGGCCCAGGCAGCGACAUCGGACCAGGAUGAGGAGUUCAACGCUGAAGACUUUGAAGAGUGGGACGGCAUCGCGGAGGCGCCUAAAGAGUCGACAGACGUCGUGGACUACGAGGACGAGUUCAUAGACGAGGAUCGGUAUACGACGGUCAAGGUCGAGGCCAUAUCCGUGACGCGAGACGGGCUCGAAAGGCUCCACCACGACGGCGACAAGGCGGAAGCGGGUAGUGAAGACGAGGCCAAGGCAGAGAGGCCAGCGGCCGACGACAAGGCGGCAAAAACUAAAGAUCGCAAGGAGUGGCCCAAGAAGAAGAAGUUUCGCUACGAGACAAAACUAGAACGGUCGCUGGGCGCGAAGAAGUCAAAAGCCAAAAAGAAGGCCAAAUUCAAGAAAGAGUAG